AUGGAGGCGGCCAUCCUGCUCCCCCUGGUGCUGGGCCUCCUGCUGCUGCCCCUCUUGGCGGUGCUGCUGAUGGCACUCUGCGUGCGCUGCCGAGAGCUGCCAGACGCCUAUGACAGUGCUGUGCCUGACAGCCUGCCAAGUAGCAUCGUGAUCAAAAGGCCUCCCACACUAGCCUCCUGGCCACAGGCUGCUGUGACCUCCUGUCCACCAUUGAGCCAGCCAGACCUGCUCCCCAUCCCGAGAUCCCCACAGCCCCCAGGGGGCUCCCACCGAAUGCCAUCCGCUCGGCAGGACUCCGAUGGCACCAACAGUGUGGCCAGCUAUGAGAAUGAGGAGCCGGCCUGUGAGGACGAGGACGACGACGAGGAGGAGGACUAUCACAACGAGGGCUACCUAGAGGUGCUUCCUGACACUGUCCCGGCCACGGCCACGUGCACCGCGGUCCCAGCAGCUGCCGCGCCAAGCAACCCCGGCCUCCGAGACAGCGCCUUCUCCGUGGAGUCGAGGGAGGACUAUGUGAACGUUCCCGAGAGUGAGGAGAGUGCCGACGCGUCUCUGGAUGGGAGCCGGGAGUAUGUGAACGUGUCCCAGGACCUGCAGCCCACUGUGAGGACUGAGCCCGCCACCUUGAGUUCCCAGGAGGCAGAGGAAGAGGAGGAAGAGGGUGCCCCAGAUUAUGAAAAUCUGCAGGAGCUUCAAUGAGACCUCAUGAGGCGUGCUGUCCUAGAGCUGCCUUCCUGGGAGGGCUGAGCUGGGCAGCUGGAAGUGGCUCCGGGAGGCCCACGUGGCACCCCACCCUGGCUCCAGCCUGACAACAGCCUGAGAAUUUCCCCCCUAACUUAUUGUCACUUUGGGGUCCAGUCUGGGUGCCCCCAACGCUGCACCUUCUGACACAGCCUGAGAAUCAAGGGCCUUGGCCCCCGGCCCUGCUCUCUACAGAAUAAAGGCUGGCGUGGUCUGUGGCUCUUGGCUCUGGGGACCCAGUGGCGGGGUCAGGGUUGGGGGGGGCAGAGGGUCUGCGUGUGUGCGCCUGUGCGUGUGUGUGGGUCCCUAUCCCCCCCAAGGCUCCAGCUCCUCCAGGUCCUGGCCAGCUGCUGUGUGAGCAACCGAGAGGCCAGGACGGGUCGCCUUCUGAGCGAGGCCAGUGUGACCCAGCCUGGCACUUUGGGCCCCGACGCACGUCCCUGAGACAGUGCACAGACGGAGGCUGUGCUGGUGGUGGAGCGGCGUGAAGGCCCACUGGGCGGGCCCUAGAGCCACCCUCGCUGCCGGCCCGCUUCCCCGUCUUUGAAAGAGGACUUGAUGACUUUGAAAGGCUUUGUUAGUUUUUACCUUUUGUGGUUCUCAAUAAAACAGAACUUAAAAAUGGU